UAUAAAUAAAAAUGACUGACAUACUAAGUAUUAUGGAGUCGACCGACUCAAUCCCAUAUGAUAAGAAAAAAACUUGAUAUGUUGUUAUGCUAGAAAAAGAUACAAAGAAAAUUUGUUGUUUAAAUCACAAGUCAUAACUAUAAGGAAAAUACUUAGGUACACUUGGUGUAUGCGCCCAUUCAUGUUCUGAAUGGUUAGGAUUACGCAACGUCCUCCAACAAUUUUGGAUUGCCCUAGUCUAAAAAUUACUUGUUGAGGUAGCACAAUUCCAAUCACAUGAUGCAUUGGUGGGUCCAUACAUUAUGGCUCACUCCUCCCUCUGAGUUUACUUGUGUCGGGCACGCUUUAUGUUGUUUGAUACGAAUAAUAUAAUAUUUCACAUCACAUAUGAUGGGAACAUAUGUUAUUUAAUUUGGAAACAACACCUUAUACAUUCCCAAUUCAUCCAUUAAUUUAAGCCUUCUUUUGAACAGCCACUUUGCAGUAGCAUUCAUACAAGUAAUAAAUAGGCUUAUGACUUUGUCAUUGAAGCUUAGUAGGGAGCAAAUAUAUUACUAGUUUCAUAGAUUGUCUGACUGUAACGGGAGAAAUUAACCUAGACUUGAUCUACCAAGUCUAACAUGAUAUGUAAGAAGACAACGAGUUGGGUUUGCUCCUCCUGCGCAUAAUUUUCAAGUGUUGAACUAAAAAAGUAUACCAAGUGAUAGCAGUAUCAAUACAUACAUACAUACAUAUAUAUAUAUAGGAACAAAAAAAAGAUCUUAUUGUUUCUUCAAUGAUACUUAAUUUUUAAUGAACCUUUGAGUAGAAUUCGAUCCCAGAUAAAGUUCUGACCAUAAUAGAUCUCGUAAGAUUCUCAAGAAAUUCUUCAAUUUCUUCCAAAAUUGUGAAUAGCGGAGACAUUGAAGAAUAUCCAGAAAACCAUUUCGGGAAUCAGUUUGAUUCUAUGUUUGAAGAUAGGAAGGAUCUCAAAGAAUCGAUAUUUCUUUUACUUGUUGAAUCUCUCUUUAAUUGAUGUGUUAUAUUCUGAAUGCUCAUAUAUAUAUAUAUAUAUAUAUAUAUACACGCGCGCGCGGGCGCUAGCCCUUCUAUAGAAUACAAUUGGAAAGCUGCAUCAAUUCUGCGAUGGCAUCAAUGCAAGGGGCACAGUAAAACGAAUCCAUAGAGCCGCCAGCCAGAUGGGUUGUUUCUCAGCAUAGACAUCAUUUCCAAAAGGAAAAUGACAAGAAAAUUCUGUUCAAUUGCUAUAGCAGAUGAGAUGCCAAUCUCCCAUAGUUCCAAGGAGAGUGAAUCCAUUUCCAUCCAUCAAAUGCAUUUGGAUUUUCCUGUUAUUGGGAUGAAAAAAAAAUUGUUUUAUAUAUCCACAAAGGGAUCAACGAAAUAUAACAAUCCAAUAGGAGCUGGAUCGUCGUAACCUAUGCACAAUCGGAGCUGGAUCGAUCUAUAUAUAUGUGCUCGUACGUUUACGUGAUCGUCUUCCAAUCUUCUUGAAGCUCCAAAUCCAAUGGACUUACAGGGCGAGACAAUGGCCGGAGAAUCAUCUUCGUCUUCCCGUUGGAGGUACAAUUCGCCGCUGGUUCAGGUUACCCUGAUCGGACUCGUCUGUUUUUGCUGCCCAGGGAUGUUCAACGCCCUGACCGGAAUGGGCGGCGGCGGGCAAGUCGACCACACCGCCGUUAACAACGCCAACACCGCCCUCUACACCACCUUCGCCGUCUUCGGCGUCCUCGGCGGCGGGAUCUACAACGUCCUCGGCCCACGCGCCACCCUCUCCGCCGGCUGCUCCACCUAUGUCCUCUACGCCGGCUCCUUCCUGUACUACAACCACUUCCACCAUCAGUUAUUCGCCAUCUUCGCCGGCGCCCUGCUCGGAGUUGGCGCCGGCCUCCUCUGGGCCGGCCAAGGGGCCAUCAUGACCUCUUACCCACCGUCCAACCGCAAAGGCACCUUCAUUUCCCUCUUCUGGAGCAUCUUCAACAUGGGCGGCGUCAUCGGCGGGCUCAUCCCCUUCAUCCUCAACUACCACAGCACCGCCGCCUCCGUCAACGACGGCACGUACAUUGGCUUCAUGAUCUUCAUGUCCAUCGGCACCGUUCUUGCCCUCACCAUUCUCCAUCCCAGCCGUGUAAUCCGCGACGAUGGUUCUCGCUGCACUAACAUCAAGUACUCGAGCGUCGUCGUUGAAGCCAUUGAAAUUGUCAAGCUGUUCCUCAACUGGAGGAUGCUUCUGAUUUUUCCGGCGGCCUGGGCGAGCAACUUCUUCUACAAUUACCAGUUCAACAAUGUUAAUGGGGUUUUGUUCAAUCUGAGGACCAGGGGGUUGAACAAUGUGUUCUACUGGGGAGCACAGAUGAUCGGAUCCGCCAUGAUCGGCUAUGUGAUGGAUUUCAGCUGCAAGAGCAGGAGAACCAGAGGGCUUGUCGGAAUUGGGAUCGUUGGUUUGCUUGGAACCGCAAUUUGGUCCGGUGGGCUAGUAAACCAGCUCAAGUACACUCGCCACGACAAGCUGAAGCUGCUAGAUUUCAAGGACUCUGGUUCUGAUUUCGCCGGGCCAUUCGUCUUGUACUUCGCAUACGGACUACUGGAUGCCAUGUUCCAGAGCAUGGUUUACUGGGUCAUUGGAGCUCUGGCCGAUGAUUCCGAGACCCUUAGCAGGUAUACCGGAUUCUAUAAGGGAGUGCAGAGUGCCGGGGCGGCAGUUGCCUGGCAAAUCGAUGUUCACAACGUGCCGUUCUUGUUCCAGCUAAUUUCAAACUGGGUGAUGACGACGAUAAGCUACCCGCUCUUAGCGCUGCUGGUCAUGCUGGCUGUGAAAGACGAGGCCCCCAUCGAGACUGAAUCCCCAAAGGAGGUGACUCAUAGGCCAUCCAUUCCUGCCUCCCCAAAUGUGUCACGAGCGCAAGGGCAUUUUAGGGCAUAUGACUAAUAAUAGAUUAUAUGUACUUUUUUCUUUGUGUACUUGCCGCUUUGCUGACUUGUACCUGAUGGGGGAAAUCAGGCUUUUUAUUUUUUAUUC